AUGACGUGUGGUCGCGACCUCACCUCUACAACUUACAAGAUGACUUCCAAGCUCGCCGCCCUCUUACUCUGGCUCGGCGGAAGUGUGCUGGGUCUUCGAGACAUCCAACUCAGCGUUCCAGAGGCAGUGGGCGUGGGUUCCAGUGCGAUCCUCGGCUGCCGAUGGGCGCUGGAUACAGGAGAAACGUUGUAUACGGUUAAAUGGUACCACGGAGCACAAGAGUUCUUCCGAUUCGUACCGAAAGAACUUCCAAAUACCCGUGUCUUCUCGCAAACUGGUAUUAGUGUUGAUGUUUCACGAUCGGGUGCGCAGCAGGUGGUCCUGCGAGGGGCAAGCCGUGGUUUGAGUGGCAGGUACCGGUGUGAAGUGUCAGCGGACGCACCCUUCUUCCAUACUGUCUAUAAAAGUGCUUAUAUGAGAGUUGUAGAAUUGCCUGAAUCAGGCCCAAAAGUUCGUGCCCAAAAAAGUUGGUACUCUGUAGGUGAUAUGCUACGAGCUAAUUGUACGUCACCUCCUGCCGAUCCAGCGGCUAAUUUGACUUGGUUGUUAAACGGACAAGAGGUAAAAGGCCUCGAUAUUCCAUUAGUGGAUACAACUUACCCAAGAAAGCCUGUGAUAACGGAUACGUCGCUCGAAGAUGCAAAUAGAAUUAUAUUUAGUCCAUGGGACACGAUUUCGGGGUACGAGGAUCCCGUUACCGAUAAUGUGAUAGACAUACCUGGUAAUAUUGCCGUACUGAGCAUACCCGAAGCUGUUGCCGAUGUUGCCAAGGAGACUACAACCAGUUCAAUGCCCAGGAUAGAGCAGAUUGCAAAUAAAUUUAACAUUAGCGAGGAGGAAAAAUCGAAUAAAUCAUCCUCAUACAGCCAGCUUGUUAUUAGAGUGCAGUCCGUGCAUUUUCAUAAGGGUCGUUUAAAUGUAACAUGCGUGGCUCACGUGUUGUCUAUUUGGUCGUCGAGUGGAGUACUUUUAUUGGAUGAAGAACGACCACAGAUUGCACCGGUGAUGGGAAGUAGGGAUUCUAAUUCAGGUCUACCUAAGUGUGCAUCAUCACUUAUAGCAGUCAUAAUACACAAUUUAUUCUUCUGCUGGCAAUGGUAA